CCACUUUUUCCAAUCGCCAUUUUUCCUACUGGAAAAAGUGGAUAUUGGUAAAAGUUGUAGCAAUCCGUUUUCAGGUGUAUUUCUUAUCAGCUGUGAUAACUGAUGAGUGAUAAGUGAUUAUUUUUCGUUGCUGACGUUUUAACUUUUAGAAGUAAAAGUAAUGCUUAAUAGUAUUAUUAUUAAUUUAACAUUAUAAUAUUAUAUUAUUAUUUUAACAGUUAACAUGCUCGUCUAUCUGUAUUUCCAUUCGAUAUUAUUUAAUAUAUUAUAAUAAUAAUUAUAAUAGGUACCGACCAUGUCAAUAAUUCCGGAUCGAGUUCCGAGCAGUAAAUCAAAAAAUAGUGUGAACGAACAUCGAGCAAAUGAAAGUGCAAAUGAUCGAUCCUCUCAAUUGAGUUUUUCAAGUGUUGGUGAAGUGAAAAACAAGUUGAUAGUUAAAAAUGAAAUAGUUGUGACGGACGAUGGUUGCUACGAGCCAGCGCUGAAAAUUGAUGAGGAAAACGAUCCGCUGAACGCAAAACUUACAGAUAUUAAUGAAACGUGGAAGGAGAUGGAACUUAAAUACGAAACAAAUGAAACCGAUGAUUGUAACUACGAGACAAAGGUAAAGCUCGAAAGAGAAGACACACAAUUUUGCGACAACUUUGAGGAAGAUAUAAAGCCCAACUAUUUUAUUGAAUCGUAUUAUAACAAUCGUUCGACAGCACAGAAAGAACCUCAAAACAGAAUCGAUGAGCAUACAUACAGUGUUAGCGAGGUAGACAUUUUGAAUGGAUGCAAGUUUGAAUCUGUGGUAGAAGUUGACAGAAAUUUGCCUUUGCUACCGGAAUGGACCGGCCAAUUACAGUCAUUGGCUUGCAACACGUGUCAAAAGUCAUUCUCUUCCAAAAGGAGAAUUGUUCAUCACAUACAAGAAGCACAUAAUUUAAACUCAACAGUCCGAAAUGGUCCUCGAAAAAAAAUUGUCAAAAACCACAACGGUGAAAUGGCGGCGACGGGCAUCGUGAUCAGUAUCAAAAAGGAAUCAAACGGCUGGUGCGUAAACACUAAAAAAGAAAGCGGACUGCACGAAUGCGACGUUUGCGUGAAAACGUUUUCAUGUAAAGCCGAGCUGGUAAUACACGAACGGGUACAUACGGAAGGAAAACCUUAUAGGUGUAAUGUGUGCAAGAAAACGUACAGUUGCAGCGGUGCGCUCAAGGCACACAAGUUUCUGCACACCGGUGAGAAACCAUUCGAGUGUGUAGUCUGCGAAAGAAGGUUUAACAGAAAAGAUCACCUGGCGGCACACGAGCGCUCUCACGCUGGCGAGAAACCGUUCAAAUGCUAUUUGUGCGAAAAAACGUUCACACUGAAAGCAACGCUCAAGAAACACGAAAUGUAUUCGUGUGAAGCGCAACCCGUCCGUACGGGUGAGAAACAGUAUUGGUGUCGCGUGUGCAAGAGAAUGUUUAGCUGCAGCGCUUCGCUCAAGGAACACAAAGCCGUACAUGCCAGCCAGAGACCAUAUAAGUGCAGCUUAUGCCCACAUUCGUGUAUCACAAAAUGCGAUUUGAGAAACCACGAGCGCGUGCACACCGGCGAGAAACCAUUCGAGUGCGUGGUCUGCGGAAAGUGUUUUAGCCGAAACGGCAACCUCAUAGCACACGAGCGCUUGCAUGCCGGUGAGAAACCGUUCAAAUGUUACGUGUGCGGACAACUGUUCGCCAAGAAAGAAACCCUCAAGAGACACGAGCGCGUGCAUACCGGCGAGAGACCGUACAAAUGUCGUAAGUGUAGACAAACGUUUACUCGGAAAUAUAUUCUCGAGUCGCAUCAAGCCGAAGCGCACGAUUAGAAUAAUAUUGUUUUACACCUCGCAUGUUAUUGCUUGGUAAAUUUCUAAGACGUUCUAAAAUAAUUUGUCGUUACCGUAUUUGUUGUUUCCUUCUUAAAACUUUAAUUUGAUGCGUAUAUAUUUUUAUCAGUUUUAUUUCAUGUAUCUUUAUUAUUACUGUUGUUUUCUAAACGGAUAAAUUUCCAUUUUAUUUUUUUA